GGAAAAAGUAAGUACUAAUUCAUUUUUAUAUUUCAAGACCUAUUCUUACCAAACAAUAUUGAAAUAUUGUUUUAUAUUAAUAUAAACAUGGACGUAUCGGAAUUAAGUCUUACUGACAGUGAAGAAAAAAUGGAUGUGGAUAAAGAUCUUACUAAUAAAUUUUUAAGUGGUGAGAUGUCUUUCUCCCAAUACUCUAGUGAAUGGUAUAGUGGAGAAGAGGAUGAAGAUGAAGAUGAGCCAGAGGAAUCCAAAAAAUAUGAAGAAGAAGCUGAAAUGUCUACGACAGUUUCAAAGAGAGGUCUUAAACGACAAUCCAAGUUCCGUCGCCUCUUUCCUGCAUUAUCUGGACUUAUGGGAGAAGCAAAUAUAAGGCUUGCCAGGGGUGAUAGUGAAAUGGCUGAACGUAUGUGCCAUGAAAUAAUCAAACAACAACCCACAGCGGCUGAACCAUAUCAAACCUUAGCACAAAUAUACGAACAUGAUCCCAAUAAAUCAUUGCAGUUUUCUUUGCUUGCUGCACAUUUGAGUUUUACAGACAAAAGUGAAUGGUGGAGACUCGCUGCAUUAUGUAGACAGAGAAGUGAUUAUAAACAGGAAAUGGUCUGUUACACUCAAGCUAUAAAAUCUGAGCCACAAAAUUUAGAGACACACUUGAAAAGGCUAGAGUUGUUGUCAGAAUUAGAAAAACUACCGGACUUUCCCGUUAAUUCACUGAAAGUAUCUAAGGUGAAAUGUUAUCACAAAAUUGUACGUUCCUUAGGACCUAGUGAUGCUGAAACAAUUAUGAAGUAUGCCAAAAUGGCUGCAACUUUAUAUCACAACAGCACCGAAGUUGAACAAGCAGUUGAAGUGAUGGGUAUUGCAUAUAAAAAAUGCUUUUCUUUAUUUACAUUGGAGGAUAUUAAUAUGUAUUUGGAGCUGUUAAUUACUCAAAAGCAGUUCACCAAAUGUAUUGAAGUAUUUGUUUCAAGUAUAGGUGUGGAAAUUGAAGCUGAAAUUCAAACAGUGAAAAAUGCUAAUGGUGAUAUUGAAGAACAAACGCACUACCUUAAUUGUGUUAUACCCAAUAACUUAGCUAUAGAUUUGAAAAGUAAACUAUUGGUGUGCUUUAUACAUUUAGGAGCACUUAAUUUAGUCCAAUCAUUGCUUAAUGAUUUUUUGAGCAGUGAUGUUGAAAAAGCUGGAGAUCUCUAUAUGGAUAUAGAAGAAGCAUUUUCAGCGGUUGGUCAUUAUGAGAUGGCUAUAAAAUUAUUGGAGCCUCUAAUUAAAAAUACUAGCUUUGAUUUAGGAGCUGUAUGGCUUAAAUAUGCAGAUUGCCUGAACAAGUUGGGAAGACAUGAUGAUGCUAUCGAAUCAUACUACAAAGUGUUAAAACAUGUGCCACAACACGCUGACGCGAGGCGAAAGCUGUUUACAAUUCUAGAAAACAAAGGAAGAAUUGAUGACGCUUUGAACAUUCUACAGCAGGAUUACAAAUUUGUCGUCAGCGCUCAUCUACUGUUUGAUCAUUGUCAAUACUUAAAGAAAUAUAAUAGAAUGUUGAAAUAUUUGGAGGUAGGUGAAGCUCUGCUUUCUCGAGAUUUGACAAAAUUUAGACAUCCCGAAGAAUUAAGAAUCGCUUGUAGGACAAAGGGUGUGGUAGAACUUAUUUACAAUUUUCGAUCUAUGAGAGGCGAAAGUCCUUAUCAUAAGGAUGAUUUGCAAUUUGAAGAAGAAUCUUUUAGCCUUUUACCUAGCGAAGAAUUCUCAAUGUUCAAAGAACUUUUAAGUAUAGCAAAGGAGCACAAAAUUUAUAGCGUUUUGCAAAGAUUAACGUUUAUGGGUAUGAUAUCGAAGGGUUUGUCGCAUUACCGACCAGAAAUGGAAUUUUAUUGCUUUCAAGCGUGUCUUCUUAACCGAGACUUCCCGAAUGCUUGUCGAUUUGUUAAAGACUUUUCUCUUAAAUAUUCCGGACCACGAUCCUUUAAUUUGCUAAGCUUCAUCCUUAAUUCUUUGGACGAAAACACUCACGGAAAAUUCUUAUCGCGACUGUUUCAAAAAGAUUUUAAUAUUGUUAAAAAUCUUUUUUUGGGUAAUAAUUUCCUAGUAUCUGGAAGAUAUCUUGUUGCUCUGAAAUACUUUCUUGAAUAUUACGAGCAGUGCAGAGAGCCUCUGUCAGCGUUACUUAUAGCUGUUACUAUAUUGGCCAUGGCAGCUCAGAGAACAGUGGACAGACAUCAUAAUUUAAUUUUACAGGGCUUAUCCUAUAUGCUUUCGUAUAAGCAUUUGAGAAAGUGCGAUCAGGAAGCGUAUUACAAUAUAGGGCGAGCUUAUCAAAUGUUGAGUAUUAAUAAUCUGGCCAUUGAAUACUAUGAGCGAGCCCUGGCGUGCCCUCCUCUUGCUCAAUGUGAAGAACAUGGCGUUAUAGAUUUGACUAAAGAAACUGCUUACAAUCUGUAUAUAUUGUAUAAAGACCAAUCCCCAGAAUUAGCUCGGCGAUAUAUGUUUAAGUAUUUAGUAUUUUAAAUAAAAUGUUGCUUUAAAA